UUUACCGGGACACAGGAAAUAAAAGGUGGAAGUGACAGGCUUCCAUGGACCCGUCACGAUCACAUUUAGUUAUUGGGAAAAUAAAGCAAGACUUCCUCUUAGCCUUUCAAAAUAAAAGUCUGACCGCAUCGUACUCACGUUUAGCGAAUCAGAAAAUGUCGCAUCUUACUGCAUUGCAUUUUAACUUGAUAAUUUGUCAGAAUCAUUUCAUUAUUUACGAUGAACACUGUAGCUCUGCCCCUUUACGAUACCAUACGAUUUUAUUUUGCAGGUAAGCCAGCUUUAUAUCCGGUAUCUUUCUUGCAAAAUCAGGCUGUUUAACUCUUUUGGUCCAACCUGCUGUCGGAAGGAAAAAGAAGCAAGAAAAGUUGAAAUGGAGCCCAAAAAGAAGCUGAUAAACUCAGUGGACAGCUGUGUGGACGAGGCUCUUUGCGGCCUCGUGAGGGCCUGCGGGGGCCUCUCUCUGCUGAGGGGCCACAGAGUUGUGCUUCGGUCCGAUCUGGACAACCUGAGGGGCAAAGUGGCGCUGCUGUCCGGAGGGGGGUCCGGACACGAGCCGGCACACGGGGGUUAUGUCGGGGCAGGGAUGCUGUCAGCAGCUGUAGCAGGUGGAGUAUUUGCAUCUCCACCUCCUGCCAGCAUCCUGGCUGCCGUUCUGUCGUUGCACAAUGCAGGAGCCUCCGGAGUCCUUCUCAUCGUGAAGAACUACACCGGUGACCGCCUCAACUUCGGACUGGCUGCAGAGCAAGCCCGUAACCACGGCGUCACCGUUGACAUGGUGAUAGUUGCCGAGGACUGCGCCUUCGACCAGCCCAGUAAGGCCGGGAGGAGAGGCUUGUGUGGCACCAUCUUCAUACACAAGCUGGCAGGUGUUUUAGCAGAAGAAGGCUGCUCAUUGGACCAGAUUGUUUCCAAGGUGACGGAGGUUUUGAAGGGGAUUGGCACGCUGGGGGUCAGUCUGUCUCCGUGCAGCGUUCCAGGCUGCCUGCCUUCUUUUGACCUGCCGCCCGGAGACAUGGAGCUGGGACUGGGAAUCCACGGUGAGGCUGGAAUCAAAAGGUCAAAGGUGGCAUCCGCUAAUGAGGUGGUGAGGACCAUGAUAGAUCACAUGACCAACCCCGACAGCCAGUCGCAUCUGGCUCUUCAAUCAGGGGACAGUGUGGUUGUGUGUGUGAACAACCUCGGAGCUCUGUCUUGUCUGGAGAUGGCCGUGGUUACUCGAGCAGCCAUCAUCUGUCUGGAGAGUCGUGGUGUGGUGGUCGCCAGGGUGAUGUCCGGCUCGUUCAUGACAUCGCUGGAGAUGGCGGGAGUGUCGCUGACCCUGAUGAGGGCCGAUCAGGAAACACUGAGACUGUUUGAUGCUAAAACAAGCGCCCCCGCCUGGCCAAACCUCAGCAGCGUGUGUGUAAGUGGACGCAGCUACGUAGCAGAACCUCCAGCCAUGAGCACACGGCCACAGGAUGACACUCACUCUGAAGGACCACUGAGUUCUGUGAUGCGUAAAGCCUUAGAGAGGGUUUGUUCCACACUGUUGGAAAAGCAGGAAGAACUCAACUCCCUGGACCGUGCGGCCGGGGACGGAGACUGUGGGAACACUCAUGCACAGGCUGCUAGAGCCAUUCAGGAGUGGCUCCAGGAUCAUGUGGUCCCAGGUUGCCCCAGGAAACUGUUGUCAGUCCUGGCUGGAUUGGUGCAGGAGAAGAUGGGCGGGUCUUCAGGAGCGUUGUACAGUCUGUUCCUGACCGCAGCAGCCGGUCAUGUGACAGAGGGGCGGAGCAACGCUGCAGCGUGGGCUAGUGCAAUGCAUGCUGGGACACAGGCCAUGAGGAGAUACGGUGGUGCCGACACUGGGGACAGAACCAUGUUGGAUGCUUUGUGUCCUGCUGUGGAUGAGCUGAUGAAGCUAACUGCAGCACCACCUGGUGGACAGAUGGCUGUACUACAGGCUGCUGUUCAGGAAGCGGCCUCUGGAGCGGAGUCGACCCGUAACCUCACGGCGAGGGCGGGGCGAGCCAGCUACAUCGCAGCUGAGCGGGUCACCCUCCCCGACCCCGGCGCUGUGGCCGUGGCCGCCAUCUUUAAAGCUGUGCUGGAGUCGCUGGAAGGGCAGAAGUAAUCCAGCAAAUAGCAUCUGAGCAGAUUAUUAAUGUCAACAAACUAGUACGACCAGAGCAGCCUGUUAUGCCUCAAUAACAAAAAAAUAAUGUGACUAAAUGUUCACUGUGUGCCACUUUGAAGCACAUUUCCAAGCUAAUUUUCAUAGCAUGCAUGCAGUAAAUGAACAGAAAUUGGGAGCAUGAAUGACACUAAUAACUUAAUUUUCACAUGUAAUUCUAUUAGAGUCCGCACAGGAACAACGAGACAUCACAUAGCUAUACUAAGACUGCAUGGUAGACAUUAUUAUUGAUUUUGAACACCUUUCACGUGGGUUUUCUAAUGAAAGGAACACUCCAACAAAAUUGAAGCAGCAGAGGCAAAGAUAUCCCCCCAAAAGCCCCCCAAAACACUCAAUCUUACAUUUUCCCAUCAUACAACUUGUAACAUGACAAGCAAACUGCUUUCUAUGUGUAAAAUAGCCAGACUGCUCCUUUAACACUAAUAUUGUGUCAUGAUUUAUCAUUUAAUUUCUCUUUCAUGUGUAGCAAAUGUUAAACAUUAAUUAAAUGCACUUUCAUGAGACAACAGUGUCAAUUCUAACCAAUAAAUUAACU